AACAGACAGAAACUGAAAUAUAAUGUUAAUAAACCCGUUUUGGAACUAAGAACAAAAAAUAUAAAAUUUUUUUAAUUGAAAACUUGUCAGUGUUUACAAAACAUCUAACAGCAACAGUAGCAAUUAUUAAAAUCAAUUUAAUAUGGCCUCCAAAGAAUUAAUAGAUGAACUAUACGAUUUCAUUUAUCCAUUGGCCCUCAAGGCGGGUGAAAUUUUAAUGGAAGGCUAUAAUUUGAAUACCAAAAAAGUGGAUAUAAAAACAGAUUUCUAUGAUGUAGUCACCGAUUACGAUAAUCGUAUAGAGGAUUUUUUAUGGUCGGAAAUUUUAAAAAAAUAUCCUGAACAUAAAUUUAUAGGAGAAGAAGAUACAGCCAAAAAUAAUAAUAUAACUAAAGAGCUAACAAAUGCUCCCACUUGGAUAAUAGAUCCCAUAGAUGGCACUUCAAAUUUUAUAGCACAAAUACCGCAUACAUGUGUUUCCAUCGGUUUAUCUAUUAACAAAGAAAUUGUUUUGGGUGUCGUUAACGUGGCUCCACAAAACAAAAUCUAUACCACAAAACUUGGCCAGGGAGCUUUCUGUAAUGGCCAGCGUAUAUCUGUGAGCAAAUGUGAAAAGAUGAACGAUGCUAAUGUAAGUUAUGAAGUAUCAUUAUUGCACGCUAAAAAAAUUCGCAAUAAACAUAUUAAACGUAUAUAUUAUAUAGCUUCCCAAGCUAGAAGAUUACUAUCCUAUUCAUGUGUUGUUGAUGCUCUAUGUAUGGUAGCUGCUGGUAAUUUAGAUGCAUUUCACAUUGAAGACAUGUAUCCCUGGGAUUGUGCUGCUGGUUAUUUACUUAUUAAAGAGGCGGGAGGUGUGGUCACUCAUCCCUAUGGUGGUAAAUUUGAUAUAAUGAAACCUGAUCUUAUAUGUGCCGGUACUGAAAAAUUACGUCUUGAGAUUGAGUCGCUUAUACGUAAAGCCGAUCAACAGAAAUCAGUUGGUGGAGAGGAGGAGGAGGGAAUGUGAAUUAUUUUUUGUUUUGUUUAAUGAAAUUUAAUAAGUUUUUUUUUAUUAUUACCUGUUGUUCAUAUGAAUUUGUAUUAGUAGUAUUCAUAGUUUAACUUUUUUUUGUUUUAAAUAUUUGUUUAAAUUAAAAUUUUCUAUAUUGUAUUAUAAUAAAAGUUUAAAUAACUAAUGAUAUGUAUAAUUUGAA